GAAUUACCUACAACACAAUUAUAGAUUCGGGAGCAGCCGUGUUGGCGAUUUCACUGAGAGUGGUCGAAAGGGCAGGUAGGAAAAACGAUUUGAUCAUGCUCAAUGUGAAAGAUCAGCUCGUUUUGGCAGAUGAGGAAAAGAUCAAAACUGUGGGGAAAAUGACCAAUGUCGCCUUCCGAUUAGGAAAAGUACACGCGCUUCGGGAUGUCGUAGUACUAGAUGUCAAUACGUACGACGUUCUUUUCGGACUUCCCGCUCUUAUGGCGUUACAAGCGAACCUGGAUUUCGAGCGACGAUUGAUCGUCCUCCGAAAUACAGGAGGAAAACCCUACGCUGUGCCCAUGCGAUUGACCCUUCGCACUACUAUUAACGUGGUUCCGCGGGUUUCGCCGAUGAUGGCAGGGACUCUCCGCAUGAUCUCCUGGGAUGAAUCCGCAAAGGGAAAGUCAUCAACAGAUGAUGCGGAAAGAAGUGACGAAGAUGAUCCGGAGAUCUUGAAAUUGUGGGUUCGGUUUCCAAUGGGGAUUUGCAAUGCGCCUGCCACAUUUCAGCGAGCGAUGAACAUGAUGUUCCAGAACUUCGUCAACAAGACACGGCUGACGCAAGGGAUGAUUAACUUCUGCGUGAUCGUGUACAUGGACGACAUCCUGGUCUAUUCGAAAACCUAUCACGGGCACACGCAACACAUCGAAUGGACAUUGGGCGCGUUGAGAGACGCUGGGUUCAAGAUUGCGCUCGAGAAGAGCAAUUUUUUCCUCCCGGAAAUUUCGUUCUUGGGCUACGUCGUGACACGUGGAGGAUUGUGGCCGAAUUCGAGAAAAGUUGCGGCGGUGAAAGAAGCCCCGGUUCCCACGUCACUGACGCAGGUUCAAGCCUUCUUGGGAUUGACGUCGUACUACCGGCGCUUCAUCAAGGGUUUUGCCGCGAUUGCGCAGCCACUAACGAAUCUCGAGUACCUGGACGUCCACAGCCUUACUAAUCCCCGCUUCUUUCGGCAACCAACGACGUUCGAGUGGGCGGCGCUGAGAGCAGAAGAGGAAGCAGAAGAGGAUUCAGAAGGAGAAUUAAGGAGAGAGGCCAGGGAAGCAGCGGCCCGGUUGGCCGAGGACGAGGAAGAAGAACGCGAAGCAGAAGAAGAGUCGGCGGAAGCUGAAGAAGAAGAAGAUGAAGACGCAAAGGGGGAGACUUCAGAAGAAGAGGAGGAAGCCUAUAGUGAGCACAGCGAGGGCGAGCCAAGUGAGGAGGAAGAAGACGACGACGACGAAGAAGUGGAAAGCGGAGACGACCAGGAGCCAACGCACAACGACGAGCUCGAGUGGGUGCCAGAACCGGAUCGACGAGAGGAGAACCCUAAGGCUGCCGCGCAGCGCAAGAAAGAGGUCGCGAAGGGAAAGCGGCUGGUGAUCGACCCCACAUCGAACGAUCCUUCCAAGGAUCCCGAGCCGCCCAAGCUGGAACAUGGGGACCUUGCUGCCACGACCUCGAGCGCCGCGAAGGCGCCGAUCCCGAUCCCCGUCCCCCUCCGCCUCCGCCCGUCCCCCAAUUCGUCAACCGGUAAUGGACGCGUGUCGCUGCGACGGCACGAGAAGGAUCCCGUCCUUGGAUCGUCGAGAACCCAAUCUGAGGAACUAGUAGAAGAGCAAUGUUGCCACGAGGAUGACGUCCACAUGCAUUUGAACGGGGAAGUGCCAACCAGAGUAUUGACUAUUUUCAUCAGAAGCGCGAUGGAUUCAGAGGGGAUACUACAACUACACGCGGUGGUAUGGCUUGACAUCUUGGCGGUGGCCCAUCAGCAGUUGCAGGAGACAGUGGGUGAGCUGACUCAGCGAUCUCAGGAGCGGCAGGCGGAUGAAGGGGGUGCGUUCUCUUUGGCCGAAUGGGUGGAUCACCGCUCAAAACUCAUGUUAGAUAUAAUCAGGGAGCUGGAGGAGCUGGAGGAGGAGCUAGAUCCCGGGCUUGAACCUUUCACUUAUUGGCGGAGGGCGGAGGCUGAGUUGGCGGCCUGCAAAGCCCUUUUUCGCAAGGGUCGAGAUGCGUGUGAAAUAAUGGAGGCUUGGUCCUCCGGGUUGGAUGAGCGCGAUGGGGGGUGGCUCAGUGGAGGGUUUGUAGGGAGGAUGCUUAUGACGCCCGGUGGUUUGCACAGAGCGAUUGAGGAGGCAGAUCGGACAGCGCUGGAGAACACAACUUCCGUUAUAAUCAACAACAACAACUACAACAACAACAACAACGACAACAACAACAACAACGACAACAACAACGACAACAACAACAACAACAACAACAACAACAACAACAACAACAACAACAAGGGUGAGGAGGCAGACAUGCUGGCGAUGGUGAUUGCAGACACCUGUACCAAGGAAUGGGUUGUCUGCUACGGCGGCAACUUUCGAUCUUCGUCAGCAUGGAGGCAGCUCGGUUGGAAACUGCGGAAGUUUGGGCGAAUUUCAUUUUUUCACCCCACGAGGUUAGCAUGGCUUUACUUUCGUCCAUGCUCUGAAGUUUGGCCUCGUGAGGGGAUUGGGUGGUUGAUUGCCCCCUAUUGAUUACAGCUGACGGGGCAUGGGCUGUCUCAGUGGGUGGGGUGCGUAAUGGCCGAG